AUGAAAAUUAAAAUCAUUCUAUUAGUCAACGUAUUUUUAUUAAUACUGACAUUUUUCGCCACAACACGGGGCCAAGUCAUGGACACAAGCAGGCACGUGGUUUCUCGUCAGAAAAGAUGGCUCAUUUGGAAUGAAGGUACCAACUGGGUGCAGUUUAUUUUUGGUGUUGGUAUACCCUUAGAAGUUAACAACCAGGCCAUUACCAUUGGAACAGUCAUGAAAGCCUUCUAUUUGUUGCCCACCAACAGCUCCUCGUAUACUAGUCCAAGCAUCAAUUACGAGAGGAAAAAGCGAUCAGAAUCUAGAUGGUUUCUGUAUGAUGUCUUGGAAAAUUACCUUAGCAGGUAUAAGUCCUUGGAUGGAAAGGCGUGCUUACUGAAAACAAUAUGUGAAGUUUCUCAAAUUCCUUUUGAUGAAAAAUCGGGAAUUCUUGCUGAAGUCUUACACGCCGUUUUAACGCCAUCAUCUACGGAGGAUGUUUCAGAGAAUGACACAGAUUCAGAAUAUCAUGCUGCAGAAAAAUUGGGUAAGGAAGUGGCUAACUGCAAUUCAGUUUUUCCGGAAUGUGGCACCAAUCUUCUCCAACAAUUUACAAAGUUGUUAACAGGAUGA